AUGGAAGCCAACGAAGCCAAAGGUGAUUUGCUUCCCACUCCAGAAGAGCAGAUCGACGCCUUGGGCAUCCCGAACUGGAGAGAGCUUGAGAAAAAGGUUGUCAAGCGCCUCGAUAUUACCCUUCUCCCAUGCUUGUGGGUCCUGUAUCUGUUCAACUACUUGGAUCGUGCUUCAAUCGCUAGCUUGGACGAGGACCUAAAUCUUGAGGGCUACCAGUAUGGCACUGCCGUGUCGAUUCUCAGCGUCGGCUACGUCCUCGGCCAGAUUCCUUCCAACAUGAUCAUCGGAAAAGUCCGACCCAGUCUUUACCUCUGCUGCAUGGCUUUGAUCUGGUCUAGCGUUUCGGCGGCUACUUGUGGCGUGAAAAACUACCAGGGUCUUAUCGCAGCUAUAUACGUCAUGUCCUGCUGGUACACUCGACGAGAAAUGGCUCUGCGCUGUGCUAUUCUAUACACUGGCCAGACGCUUGCUUUCUGCACGGCAGGCUUGAUUGCUGCGGCCGUUUUCGGAACCCUCGAGGGUAAACAUGGCUUAGCCGGCUGGCAGUGGCUCUUCAUCGUGCUCGCUUCAGUCGGUGCAGGCCUUGCUAUGAUUGCGCUCUUUAUUCUCCCAGACUACCCCGACUCGAGCACCGGCAGUGCACGCUGGUCAAUGACCGAGGACAUGCGCAAAGUAGCUGCUGCCCGAAUCUUGGCUGACCGCGUGUCUACCUCCGAAGCCAAGGCUGGUGUCUGGGCCGGACUAAAAAUGAGCGUCUUCGACUACAAAAUGUGGCUCCUCGUCGGCUUGAAUAUCGGUAUAUCAGCCGCUUAUGGCUUUUCCAACUUCUUCCCCUCGAUCGUGCGCGGUUUUGGCUACAACAACACCAUCACACUUGUUCUGACCGCGCCGCCCUACAUCUUCGCCGCCCUCGGAUCUCUAGUGAAUGCUUGGCACUCGGAUCGAUCAAAGGAGCGCGGCUACCACUUUGCCGGCCCAAUCGCAUUUGGCUGUAUCGGCUAUGUCAUCUGCCUGGCCACAGAAAACCGAAACGCCAGAUACGGUGCAAGCUUCAUUUAUGUGGCCGGAAUGUAUGUCGCUAACCCACUAGUUUCCACGUGGACAUCGAAUACUAUGGGAAGAACGCCGGAGAAGCGUGCUAUUUCGGUAGCGCUUGUCAACGUUCUUGGCCAGAUCGGUAAUCUGAUUGCCCCCUACUUCUUCGUUGAGUCAGAUGAGCCGCGUUACAGGCUUGCUUUCAUCAUGAUGAUGGUUAUGGGUAUGUUCGCCUGCGCAAGCGCAAUGGGGCUGAAGUUCUACCUCUACCGUGCCAACAGGAGGCUUUACAGGGAGGCUGUCCGGAAUGGGACGGUUUACAAUCCAUACGUCAUGUAG